CUCAUAAGCAGUGUUUGCUUUCUGCUUCUAAAAUCUCCUGUCUUUCCCUUAUUAAUCUCAGCCCUUUUAAGAAGAAGAAGAUUCUUGAUAAAACAUCAAUAUUCAAUCCCUUUUUGCAAGAUGUCAACCUUUCUGUUGGCCUUGUUAUCUUUAGCAAUAUUGUCUACAACUAUUCUUAGCGCCGAUGAUAAUCAAUACAUAAAUAUUACAAUACUGAAUAGCGCGAUUGCACAAGGCGCAGUAUGCCUAGAUGGAAGUCCACCAGCUUAUCAUCUGGAUAGGGGAUAUGGUAGCGGACUUCGCAGCUGGAUUAUUGUCAUGGAUGGAGGCGCUUGGUGUCAAAGUAUAUCAGAUUGCCUUAGUCGUUCAACUACCGAAUUAGGUUCUUCUAAGCAGAUGAAGAAUGGAUCUCGGUUUGCUGGGAUACUUUAUAAUAAUCCCCAAAAUAAUCCAGACUUUUACAACUGGAAUAGGGUGAGGGUGAAGUAUUGUGAUGGUUCAUCCUUCACAGGUGAUAUCGAACAAGUUGACCCUGACAACAAGCUGUUUUUUAGAGGGGCAAGAAUAUUUAAGGCUAUUAUGAAAGAUUUAUGGAGCAAAGGCAUGCAAAAUGCUGAAAAUGCAAUUCUGAGUGGAGUUUCAGCAGGAGGGUUGGCUACAAUUUUGAACUGCGACAAGUUCAAAUCCCUCAUGCCAAAUGAUGCAAAAGUUAAGUGUGUCGCAGAUGCAGGCUUUUUCAUUAAUGGCAAGACAAUCUCUGGUACUUCAGAUAUUCAAGAGAUGUAUCAGAGAGUUGUGACAUUACAUGGAUCGGCUAAGAAUUUGCCUCCAUCUUGCACAUAUGCAAUGGAACCAAGUCUGUGCUUUUUCCCUCAGAAUGUUGUUCCAUAUGUCGAGACUCCAUUAUUUAUAAUGAAUUCACACUAUGACACUUGGCAGAUUGAAAAUAUUUUGGUUCCUAAAUACCUCGAUCCUCAACAUGUCUGGGACAAUUGCAAGAAACAAAUAAGCAACUGCACAUUUAGCCAACGUUUAAUUAUUCAAGUUUUUGGAGGGGAAUUUUUGAAGGCAUUUGAGGGACUCAACCCUUCUUUUACGAGCGGUUAUUUCAUCACAUCUUGCCAUUCUCAUGGUGCAAUUAUGUCGACGAAUUUCUGGUUGAGUCCUACCUCUCCAAGAUUACUUCAUAAGACAAUUGGUGAAGCUGUUGCGGAUUGGUUUUUUGAGAGAGCAGGGUUUCAAUAUAUAGACCUAUUUCCUUGUGCUCGAGAUUGUGAGAUAUAAUUAAGUCAGUGAACUUCUGUAACUAAUAGGCUUACAGAUGUUGUACUUGCUGCUCAUUUGGUGAUUCGUAGCGGUUGAGGAGGAGUUUAUUAAAGUUAGCUUUGUGUUUUACAAUUAAAUCCUAUUAUUCAGUAACAGUUUGUUUGGAUGGUUGUUACCCAUUGUA